AUGAACUCGGCGGGGGCGCGAGUCGAAGAGGUCUGCACCAUGCGAGAAGAGGAGCUUGAGCAAUUGCACCGUGCUCAAAAGGAAACGCUUGAGCUGGAGCUCAGCUGGCUCCCAAAACCACGCAUUAAGUACACCAAACGUUUUCUCGAACUACAGAAGACCAAAGCCGGUCUGUGGCUGAAAAUGACUGGCUACGGUGUUACAACAGCUUCAAUCUGUCUGUGUCCCUUCGCUUUACGGAACAUCGACCUGAUUCAGUUUCUUGGUGCUUUCGCGUAUCCAUCGUGCAUCUUAACGUGCACGACAAGUCUCGUGAGGCUUCACCAAUACCACGACGCCCACACGGUUCACAAGGCUCUGGUCAAGCUGCAACCAGUGGAAGAAAAAGCCUUCCUCGCCGAGUACAACGCCCAGAUCGCCCUGAAACGGCAAGCAUUGGAGAAGCGCCAGGCGCACGACCGGGAAAAGCUGCGUGAGUCUCUGACCGACUUCCGCCUUCGUGAGGAGAGAGAACGGAACAAGGUCAUAGAGAAGCACUCAACCCGCCUCGGCACUACCUACGGCCCGUUCCACCUCGCACCACAGGUUCAUGUGAUGUUGGGUUUGAAGAUUCUACAUUUCGUGACUCUGCUCACUUGGCUACAUAUCGUGCUUGCGGCUGCUCCUAUUUGUUACGGUAGCGUGAAGAGCAAGCUGAAGCACAGCGAGAGAAGCAUGGGCCACGCGCAUGUCAUGGCCCUCAAGCGUCGGCCGGAACUCGCCCAGAAACCAUCAGCCCACUGGCAGCAGCGCGCACACUUUGCCUCGUCGGCGGCGGCGUUGCGAGGAGAACAGUUGGCGCAAGCUGUUAAGGGAAAGGCCAGCGGCAGCGCCAUCAAAGUUGCAGACCUUACCAGCAUACAUGACUUCGGGAAGGGUCUGAGCGGGACGGUCUCGACGUAUGAAGACACCGCCACUGCAUCAUGACGGCUGUGAUAGGCGCCGUGGGAAAGGGAGGGGGGGGAUUUCAUGUCAACUGCUGCUGCAGUCGGUGAUGGAAAGCCUUCCGGAAGUCUGUCACGCCUUUCAUCUUGCUUCAUGUCUAGCCAAAACGCGUUUUUCACGUCGUUGUAGAUCGGUAGGUCGCGGUAACUGCGUGUGUUCGGUUUGCUGUGGUGUAGUCGAAGUCUUCUGCCGACGUCAAUGAAAAAAACUCAACACGAUCAAACACACACAUUGGUAGCCAGUGCCUCCCCCGGAUAGCAACGUUUAGCGAAUGUAGAAGCACAGCAAAGUAGCAGCGUUGUCUGGUGUGCAGCUCAUAGAGUUUGAAACUCGAAGUGGGUGUGGUGGAUCUGGAAGGGAGAAACAACGAUACCCGUUCGAGCUCUCUGGUCCCCGUGCGAAGGUCAUUGAAGCUCUGUCAUCGCUACCAUUUGAGGUAUUAUUUCACCUCGUGAGUUUCGAUCGCGCUUUUAAUCGCGCGUUGGUGUCAUCUCUCUGUUGCCAGCUCUCUCAUCCCACCAACUCUCGUUAAUGACGUAAUUUCGAUUAAUGCUUUUUUUUCUGCUAGAGUGAUUGAAUCUUCAACGCCCCCCCUUCCCCAGGCGCGGAGCGACUUUACACAAAGUACCGCAGGUCACAGAAGAUACCACUCCCUCUGGACCGAUUUCCAAAGCUCGAUUACUCCGCGACGAACAAGAUACAUAGAUCAAUUGUACAAUUUCAAAAAUCUCUCCACACAACGGUUCGAACGCCGCCAUUUUCGGCAUCACCACUCUUUUGUCUGUGGAGCAGUCGACCUUUGGAAAUUGGCCCAGGGGGGGUGGUAUCAUAGGUCACCCUCGGUCUGGAGAUGUGACCUAGUGGUACAUAUUUGCAAGGGACUCAAUCAAGCCUUCCAAAAGCAGGAACGCAAGCUACUGCUACCUCAUUACCGUGUGGUACAGGAGUAGCUGUGGCAGAGCGCGGUGCCAGCGGCCGAGGUUACACACACUCCUCCUCCCCUCCCCGGCCUGCUCCCCGGCCGGGGCCGAAAUCGACCUUGUGAGUCCCUCGCGGGCGAACCAGGCCACAACAGAUAGUAGGUGGGUGGUGUCCCAAGGUGCAACUCACCGCCGCGCUGGCUCAGCGUGGCGGUGAGGAUGCACAGACGGUGGUAGUGGCGAGACGUGUAUGUGGACCUUGUCCCCGCGGCAGCAAUGCAAAGCGGCAAACUGCACCUGGUAACCACCGUCGCGGAAAACGUGGCCCACGAAGCUGGAGGAGCAGAGAGAUUCGUAAACAACACGCGAGUAAGCACCGUUCGCGGGAGAAGGGAGAUAACCGCGUGCGACGCGGGGGGGGAGUGCUGCACCCUCCUCGUCCAAACACCACAGGCAAGCACCGAGCCCUGCAAAGAUGGAUCGAUGCGAAGAAACUCGCCGCUCGGAUUAAACUGAAGAAAACACACCCCCAGCGCGAGGCGGACCGAGAGCGACAGGAGAUCGCAGCGGGCGUGAAGGCGACCGCGAAGAAGAAGGCACGGGAGGGCGAUUUAUCGUUCGGCACGUUCAACGUA